AUGUUAUUUCUAGUGUCACUAUUAUUAUUUAUAAAUCCAUUUCUUAUAUCAAGUCUGAACAAUGGUUUAGCUUUAACACCACCAAUGGGUUGGUCCACUUGGAAUGUUUUUCAUUGUGAAUACACUGAAGUAGACAUCAUGGAAAUGGCUGAUAUGUUAGUUACCAGUGGAAUGUUAUCAGCAGGAUAUAAAUAUUUGAAUAUUGAUGCUUGCUGGGAAGCUUCCGAACGUGAUCCAAUAAGUGGCAUGUUAAAAUAUAAUGAAACUAAGUUUCCACAUGGUAUACUAGCUUUAGCUGAUUAUAUUCAUUCGAAAGGUUUACUAUUUGGAAUUUAUUCCAGUUCUGGUGAAAAAACAUGUAAGAAGUAUCCUGGCUCUUGGCAACAUGAAUUUCUUGAUGCUGCAUUAUUCUCUAGUUGGAAUAUUGAUUUUUUAAAGUUAGAUUGCUGUUUUCAAGAUAAUAUUAAAGAUCGGGCUACUGCUUAUAUAACUUGGUCAAAAGCAUUAUCAAUACAAAACCGUUCAAUUCUUUUUAGUUGUGAUACAGAUGAGUUAUUAUUGAAUGAAAAUAAUUUAGAAUUUCCAUUUCAAUGGGCUCCCGAAUAUUGUAAUAUGGCUCGAAUUUGGGGUGAUAUUGAUGAUGAAUGGGAAUCAACAUUGAAGAUUUCCGAUCGUGCAACAAAUAUCUAUUAUGCUUCUCAACCAGGAUAUUGGAAUGAUUUAGAUAUCUUAACAGUUGGUUUAGGUAAACAAACAAUAGACGAAUAUACUGCACAAUUUUCUCUAUGGGCUAUAAUUAGUUCGCCUUUAAUUGCGGGAAAUGAUUUAAGAAUAAUGAAAAAAGAAAUUGCAAAUAUUCUAACAAAUAAAGAAGUAAUUACAAUCAAUCAAGACAAAUUAGGUCGAUCAGGUAAUAUGUUUCAACGAGCAUUUGAUGGAUCCUACGAAAUUUGGGCAAAACCAAUUCAUUAUGAAAAUAUGUCACAUUUUUAUGAUCAAAAUCGUACACUAAGCUUUAGUCCUUUACCUUUUCAUGCUGUUGUCCUAUUGAAUCAAUUGAAUGCCACAAUUAAUAUAACCUUUGAAUUCAAUCAAUUAUUUGGUAAUAAUUUAUCACCGCACCAACCUACUCCAACUUGGACUGUUUUCAUUCGCGAUCUUUGGCUUCAUCAAGAUUUAGGAGACUUCGUAGAUACUUGGACCGCUAUCAAUGUAUCCGCGCAUAGUGUUAGAAUGAUUACAGUUUUAUUGCGUAAUACAACUCAUUCUCAUCGUUGA